UAUCGCCGGCGUUCGAAACGGUCGCAAGUGGAUUGAUGCCGUUUGCCUUUGCGGAAUAACGACCCGUCCUGAUUCGUGGAUGAAUACAGAUUACAACCGUUUUAGCAGAAUGACAAUGGACGUCCAUCAGCACAGAAACGUGACGACGGCUGCGUCCUCGUCACCACCGUCGCGGUACUCACCGCCAGUGGCCGCCGGAAUCGCGCAGCCGGUGCAGACUUCCUUGCCCGCAACUGUGGUCGCGUUGCACCAGCGGCCGCAGAAGCGGAGUUUCGACGUGGCGUUCCUGAUGGCACCGGAUGACCUGAGCAAGCGAAGGCCGCGGCCAAUGCAGGCUGCACAGCCCGUAGCCCGGUCUGCGUUCACCAAAGUGUCACCGGACCCGCCGUUAUCACUUUCGCCGGUCUCGUCUCCGGCCACGCCACCACCCUCAGAUUUUGCAGCCUACAUGCACCACAGCCAGCUGCACCACCAGCAGCAUCACGGUCAGCCGCAGCCACAAAUCCACCCACAUCCCCUUCAGUCACAGCAAGAGUGCAGCCUCAGCCCACCCCUGCCACCGGUCGCGGCGCAUUUUAUGUCGCCGUUUCCGCUUGGCUUCCGGUCGCCGUUCGCGCUGAUGAUGCCACCACGGCCGCAACCCACCGCGGUCGGCUGCAAAGACUAUCCGUCGCCGCUCCAACCAUCGCCUCAGUCACACCACCACCAUCAGCAGCAGCCACAGCAGCAGCAGCAGCAGCAGCAGCAACACCACCACCAGCUGCAGUCGUUGUCGACACCGUCGCCGUUGCAGUUCGGGCAGGCGGCGGCAGCGGCAGCAGCCGUGGCCGCUCUCCCGGCGAUGCUGUUACCCGCGUCCAUUGCCGCAGCAGCUCUUACAUUACCUUCACAAAACGUGUGCGCCAAGUGUAACGUGAGCUUCCGCAUGACAUCCGAUCUGGUGUACCACAUGCGGUCCCACCACAAGGGUGGUGAUGGAAACGGUGGCGUUGGCACCGGCAGCGGUGUAGGAAGCGGUGUUGGUGGCGGGGUUGGUGUAGGAGGCACGGGUGUCGGUGUGGAUGCCAAGAAACGACGUGACAUGGAUAAGCUCCGGUGUCCGGUGUGCGACGAGAGCUUCCGGGAACGGCACCACCUAACGCGACACAUGACCGCGCAUCAGGACAAGGAGGGCGACCGGCUGGACGACGAGGACGACGUGCCGUUGCAGCAACAGCACCACCAGCUGCACCAGCACCAAGGGGCCAAAUGACGCAAGGCGGCCGCGGGUGGACGGAGGCGUAACGCCUCGUACUCGCGCUUCGCGAACGAUCAUCGCGUUUAGAAGAUUCCUCAUCUCCUCGGCAUUUAUACGCCAACCCUAUCCCGUCACAUCGACCCACCCGUUCCUCCAUCCACAUUGACCGAAUCUUACUGUUUGUACGUUUAAGUACAAACGAUUCAUGUUAUCAAAUUAUGAUUCAGUAGGUAGCCUCCAAUAUACCGCAAACGGUGCGUAGUGAUAUACCAGAUGUUCGAAUGGUAUCACAUAAACUUACGUCGUAAGUGCACGAAAAACCAAAACUAACCACAUAUAUAUUAUUAUAUUAUUAUAAUUCCAGGUUCCCCGCACAUGAAGAUCUCUUCACUCAGAAGACUCUUGUAAUUGUUACUUAUAUAUAUAUAUAGACUAACCCGUGUUAACAUACACCUACUUAGGUUUUAGUUGAUUUAUUGAGUUUUUCUUACGAACGAUUAACAGUGAUUUUAGGUACUUACAAUUAUUACCCGAUUUGAUUUUUGAAAUCACAAAACACUAAAUACAUUUUAACGAAGAUUGGACCCGUUAUUGACGCUUAAACAACUAUCGACAUCUCAAUAUAACAUUAUAAUACGUUUUAUGUAUCGAAAUUAUUUUUAAUUUAUAUUAUACAACCACAUAUUAUAACCUAAAUAUAGAAACGGACCUAUUAACCGCGAUUAAUACAAUACAUAAUAUUAAAUUAUAAUAAUAUAUCGUAAUUUCUUUUUAAAUGUAUACAUUGUUCGUAUUAUAUUUCAUUCAGAUCUCGUAAUCUUAGUUGUUGAGAUUUGUUUUAUAGAAUUAAAAUUAUAAUCAGGCAAAGCGAUGGAAAGUAGAUGCCUCACUGGUGUUUUUUGUACACAUGUGUUUUUCGUAUGUUAUAGAAUUGUGUAGCUUAAUGCGAAUUCGCGUUUAAAUAGGAUUAAAAAUUAACUGCGUUCAAGACGGUCAUAUAAUUUUCAAUUACUUUGCAUGGAUAAUAUGAAUAUUUUUUUUAUAUUACUCGAAUUCGAUUUUAGCCGGUCUUGUAGUUUUCUUUUUUUGCGAAGCAUAUACAUAUACAUAUACUUUACCCUCUAAUGCGAAAACAAGGGUGACCAUUAGGGUCGACAAAAAUGACAAAUGUCCAUACAAAUCACAGUCGAAUACGAGUAAUAAUUAACCGUGUCCACGAGGGUUGGUCGACGAGGGGUGGGGAUAAAUUUAAUUCUGUAAUGGGGUCCGAUAAAUAGAUUAAAAUGCCCUUUUGGCCUUAAUAAAUAUUGUCACGUGAUCACUGUUUGUAUAAUUUUAGUAUUAAAAUUAAAUGGACCGAAAUCAAAUGAUAGCGAUUUUAAAAUGCAUCUCUCUAUAAUAUUACAUCUGUAUAGGGUUACCUAGCUAUAUAUCCACGCACAACAUUUUCCCUACGUGAUAUCACUUCAUGACGUAUGCAGUGAACUCAAAAAUCUAGUAUAGAUGUAUGCGUGGGCGUGUGUAUAUUAUGAUUGUUACUAAUUUUUUUGAUAAAUAGUAAAAUAUAAUAUUUAGUUAGUCUGUGUAUCAUCGUUCAAUGAUAAUGUUCCGAUAAUAAUUUUAGGCUCCAUAUCCUUUGUUCGUAAAUAAUAUUAUGCAUAUUAUUCGUAUUAAUUAGGUAGAUACUAUAUUGAAUGUAAUAUUGGUUCGUAAUAUGUUUUAAAUUUAAAUAUAACUUCAGCUAAAUAUUAAUCGAGUGUGUCAAUAUAUUAAUAUAGUAGAGUUUAAGUGUAUUUUCAAUUGUAUAAAUAUUAUUUA